AUGCGCAGAAUCAGAAGACCGUAUCCACAUUCCUCUGUCCGGCAAUCCCCCAGUUCAAGAGUUUACAUAGAAGGGUGCAGAAUAAUUCCCAACGAAAUUAAUCAAAAUUCAUCUGAAAUUUCUUUGGAUCAAAACGUCUGUUCAUCAUCAUUACCGGUUGAUACAACAGACAGCAACGCAAUGAACUACUUUGUGAAUGUGGCACCAAACAAUCUGAGUGAAGGUGGAAUAGAGACUGCCAAUAAUACAGUAGAGGUCUUUUCUCCUACGGAUCAGGAAGAUACGAAGUAUGUUCGUAUCCUGCGAUCCAUUAGGGAGGUAAUUUCAUGUUGCGCCUGUUAUUCCAGUGACACCAUAAUGAAGGAAUGCACCAAUGGGCACUUGAUUUGCCAAAACUGCUUUCUAACGCUGCGCCAGGAUGAACGCCCGCAGUGUCCAACAUGUCGCGCCAGUCUCUAUUCUGAUAGCAGGCGUGCCCUUGUUGCCCAAAAAGUGCUUUCGGAAUUACCGGACCUCUGCACAGAUUGCAAUACGUCCAUGUUGCACAAAUCAUUACCCAGCCACCGCUUGAAUGCUUGCCCUAAACGAAGGGUUGCCUGUGGUCUAUCUGCUCUAGGAUGUGACUGGACGGGGUGUGCUGAUGAAUACGAUUCACACUAUCAUGAAUGUAACACGCGGAAGCAAUUAACUGAACAGCCGGUUGGAGAGAAUUUGGAGUGGCUACUCAGCCGAUUCAAAAAGCGGGAGCAAACAAUGCGUGAAACUUUUCACUGCUUUUCUAAUAUGCUGAGACACUUGGAGUCACACGAACUGCAGAUGGUCACAAUUACCCUAGCCAACGUCACUAGUGGCGAAAGCACUUUACUUUAUCGAAGCGACCACUUUCAUGUCAACCAAUCAAGAUGGACGGCUGAGAUAAGCAUGAGUAUUCCAGGCGAACAACCGGGGCAGCAACCACAACCUGAGGACCAAUUGAGUGUUACGUCUGAUCAGGUGAGCACAGAUGUCACACCUGACUGUGCCGAUGCCUCUGGUUUGGGAAAUUCAGCGAAUCCAUUACUAAGGUCUUUCGCGGAUAGUGCUGGUUUGCUGCCUACAGUUGGCCAACAAAGUAGUCGAAGGAGACGCUGGCAUCACGGAUCAAGCAUUCGACAUCAUCCUUAUCAACUGCCAAUGCCUCCUAAUGCGGCAGGAGUGCACGGCUCCACAGCAGUCCUACAUGAAAUGCCCAACACAGUGACCCAAAGUGCUGAUCGUACGACUGACCACGAUUCUCUUGGGGAGAUAACCUAUCGAAUGCUCAAAGAAAAUAGUCCAGGAAUAGGUCGCAGAUCGUAUGCAUUUUCCCUCUUACAGAUUCGAGUGCCUGAUACAGGUAUACAAAUUUAUGCCCGACCACAAUUGCAGACUUUCCGAUUUACCAAUCGUGGUGACCAUACUUCAUAUUUCACCGUACAUCCAAUUCGCUGGAGAUAUAUUAGUUCACUAAGGGAACUUUCAAAAUUUCGUGUUGUGCAGGCAGAAGUUGUAAUUGCUCGACGCAUUGUUGAUGAUCAUCUUGAGAGCUGA